CUAUUAUUAGAAUACUAGUAAUAAAGUUGUUCCUUAAUUUAGACGAUUCUUUAUUACUUAACAUAGUUCGUAUUAUCUGUUUUGUUUUAACUAUGCCAGUGCUGUAUGUGUGUAUGUGCAUGUUUUUAGUGUUGGAAUGAUUCUUUUUAAGUUUUGCAAUAUUUAGGUUGUUUUGUUACCGGGGUUUCUAGUAAAGGUGAAAUCUUUGAUUAAUUUGGGCUUCUUUAGAGAUACUGGUUGCUAUCUUUCAUGAAAUAUUUGAUAAAUUUUUCUACAGUGGGAAGCUUUUUCAGCUUGUUGAGUAGUUACGCUUUAGUUGUUUUGAUUUGUAUUCUAUUUUAUUGAUUUUGAUUGUUAGGGUUUUGAUUUUUUAAUUCUCUGUGUAUUGAAUUUAAUUUGGGAGUUUCAUGUAUUCAUUCUAAUUAUGAAAUUUACUUUAUGUAGGCAAGAUGAUUCUUGUCGACAAAAAGUUGAUUACUGACGGUAUCAAGAACGGGGAGAAGUAUCAAAUCUACCCUGAGGAUGUCGACAUCAGUAGAGUUCCUAGGAUUUUUCACAGCUCCUGUGCUAAUGGUCAUGUGUUCUACAACUUUCCUCAAGAUGAUCGUGAACAAUUAAAAAUGCUAGGGCAACCGAGAUCAUUUCGAGGACCGCGUGUACAACGCCAUUUUGGCGAUGAUGAUGAGUCCAGUCGAGGUGAGGUGAGUGCAUCCAAACGACGUGAGGUAUAUCGCGUGGUCGUGGAAGCUAACAGAGUUACAGUGGAGGAUUGCCUUAAACUACUCGAAGGAAUUGACUGGUAAAAUUAUCUUGUUCUUUAAGGGUUAUUUUAUUUAUAUUUUUAUGUGAUGGUUGGUAUUGCCUGAUUUUCUCUUUUAUCUACAAAUUUUGUAUAGCAAAAGUAUUGCAUGCUCUGUGCAAAAAGCCAAUCUUUUCUUUGCUGAGUUGAACAAGGAUGAUGCUACAAGGCUCAAAGAUUCGAAUGGAGUUGUGCGGGUAUAUCCGCGUCCAAGAGUUAUGAUUAAGCAUUGAUGUCCCUGAAACUUGAUGUCUGGAAAAUUUUAAUGUGUAUGAUGUCUUUUUAAGUUUGGGAAAAGGUUACCUUGAUGAGCGGAACCUUUUAUGUGACAUUUUGACACUUAAGGAACGAGGAUAUUAACUACUAAGUGCUUGUUUGGUACACCAUGGGAAAUGGGAAUUGACUUGCUAAAUUUUAUACUUCGUGUAAAUAAAGUGUUCUUGGGAAGUGCUGUUUUUUUUUUUUUUGGUUGAUAGUAAGUAAUUUAGACUUCCUGGUUAUUCAUUUCUCAUUACAUGCUCUGUUUAACAAGUCCACUUCCUAUGUGAUAUGUCAAAUUACUAACAUCAAUUUAACCUCAAGGAUAACUUUGCUAUUUGUUCUUUCUUUUAGUUGUAUGGUUCUUCUUGAAUCUUGAUUUAUUAAUUAAUUUAAAGGUGUCUACUGAUCCAGUGAGUACUAGGCAUGUUUGAGGGUUGAGAAGGUCAAGAGUUGUCGUCGUUCAGCAUUGCUCAGUAUGGGUCUCUAAAACUCAGUCGUGUCGUGUCAUCUUCCUGAGUCGUGUCAUCUUCCUGUUGCAGCGGUUAUUUGUUACCAUGCCUUCUGAUUUGUGUCAAGUUAUUGUAUUAACUAUAUUUAUGUGGCCUUUAUGGAUCCUUUUAUCAGCAACAUUUGUGUCUGCCCAGUUUGUUCAUGAUAGAAGAAAAAAUGAAAAUUAAGGGAAUGAAAAAAGUUUAAAGUCAAACAUUAACAUAUUGUUCAGAUAAAGUACUGUUCUCUGGAGAUAUAGUUAUAUCUACAUGAGUAUAAAACCAAGCAGAGGUGAACAUACAGAGAACUAGUAAUAUUACAAGAUGCUUACCUGCUACACUCUUGGCAAAAUCGUUCUAGAUCUCCUACCACCUUUGAACAUUUGGAAUGACUUUCACAAACUCUAUGUUUCCAGUGAUACUCUUUUGCUGAUGAAAGAUACAGGUUGCAGUUUUCAACCUGGCAUUGUGGAGUAGGUGCUGUUUGACAAGGUGGUCUCAGUUUCUUUGCAGU